CGUGUGUGGAAUAGAAAUCAUCAUGAAAAGUCAAUCAUAACGCGUCCAGUUAUAAGAGUUGGUGUCCCACAACGUGUAGAAGUUUGUUUAUACGUUGAAAUACUAUUUGUGAGCAAUAUCAGUAGGAAAAGUUGAUUUUUUUUGUGAAAUUCAGCAAUUUGAUGCAUAAAAAUGGUCAUAUCUCUAGUUCUAUAACACAUACAGAAAUUUCUUGACUAGUUUUGGAAAUGUCCUGAAAUAAGCUAUAAUUUGAUAUAUAUCUCAAUGAUUUUCAAGGUCACCUCUAGAACACAAAAUGGCGAAUAUUUGUUUCAAAAAAAGAGUUUUUCGCAUUUUUUGCCCUGAAGGAAUGCUUCUAGAGGUUUCUGAUGUUCUAGAAAGUUGUAGAGUUUUGCAAAACCUUUAAUUUGAUACUAAGAUGAGCAUAAUCGGUCAAGCACUGCAGGAGAUAUGACUCUUAGAACUUUUAAAAUGCAAGAAUUUUUCAUAUGGCCAUAUCUUCUAAACGGUAACAUAGAUUUUCUUCAUUUUCGGACUGGUAACAGAUAUUGAGUCCUGCUACAACAUAUCAAAAUUUAAAGGAAAUCGAUGAUGGGGAUUCGGAGAUAUUGCCCCUUAAAGUUAGGCAAUUUUUGUUUUUGUUUUUAGCGCCUCUUGCGGAUGUUUUUGAAACUUGAAAUGUUCUAGGCAGUUGUAGGGCUUCGCAAUACCUUUCAUUUGAUACCAAGAUGGUCAAAAUCGGUUAAGCCGUUCUCGAGUUAUAUCGAAAAAACACUUUUUGCUUUAGGUCGCCAUAUUUGCUAAACGGCUUGACCAAUUUUCAAGUAUGAAUUCUUGAUGAAAACGUCUCACUGAGCCUUACAACAUACUAAAAUUUCAGACCUCUAGCUAUAAGAGAACUGGUUGACGGUAUUUCAAAAUGGCGGACGGCGGCCAUCUUGGAUUUUGAAAAUACGAAAAAAUGAAAUUUUACACCCACAUUUCUAUAGAAAACUUCAAACCCGAAGUCUCUACCUGUUACCGUUCUCGAGCUAUAAAGCAAAGUUUAGAGUCCCGGACGGCAGGCCGGCAGGACGGCAGGACGGCAGGCCGGCCGGAUCAAAAAUUUUCCACCACCAUUUUCGUAAUGUGGGAUGUCUAAAACGUGCUCAUACUAAGUUUGAGCCCGAUCUGAGGUGGUCGGUUUUUCCGACGAUUACAAUACUUGGUGUUGGCCACGAAGUGGAACACCAACUAAUUAAAUAAAUCCAAAACGUGGAAAGCUGCAAAGUUGGAAUAUGCUGAAACUUUUUCACGAGAAAAAAGUGCAUCGAAGCGAAGGUUUGAAUGUGAAAUAAUUAAAAGAAAAUUAAAUAAAAAUUGUUGACAUAUCUGAUGAAUGGGUGACGUUGAAAAAUACGCGGUCACAAUGUCAAAAGGGGGGUGCUUGUGUGAAAUAGAAAAUUGUUCGUGGGGCAUUUAGGUGAGAAAGGUGUCACACAGGGGGAGAGAGCGCGCGCGAAAAAAAGGAGAUAGGGGCGUUUAACCAUUACGCGCGGGAGUUAUGGGUUUAAAUGACAGCCCCAUAGUGAAAUUGUAUGUGGUUUGAGGGUGUCAGCCGGGAUAUAACAACGGUUGAGGUAGAAAAAAGGCGUGAGAAGCGAAUUCAGAGACUAUAUCGGUGCUGGAGAGUUGGAUGGAAAAUAGAUUUAUCGGGGCUGUGCAAAUAACUCAUCUAUGCAAACAGAAGUAGCAACUCCGGUGUGUGUUGGCAGUCAAUGCGGAGAGAUUUGGUCGACAUGCAAAUGAGCAGAGGGACACGUUAUCGGAAUUGUGCCAUUCAAGGGGGUGGGCAUUGCACCGGGAAUAUUGAGUUGCAAAUAUGAAUAAAAUGAUGCUCAAUAGCAUGGAGAACAUUUUGUUGUGAUCAAAACAUCCGUCACUUCUCUGCAUCUGCUGCAAUAUUUCAAUCAAAAAUCUCUCGCACCCCCGCAUGUAAAACGACGACAUUCAACUGCUCUCAAACUCCACAAAGUUGUUGAUGUGGUGCUGCUCCUGCAUCCCCAUCAAUGGAUCAUUCAUGGACAUUGUCAUAAAGAAAAUUCUCUCUUUGAAAUUACUCAGAAAGAUAUUUUUCUGCGGAGAAAAUUGUGGUGAAAAACGUCCUUUUUUAUCUAAAUGAAAAAUAAUAAUCAAAUAGUGUGGGAAAGACAGAAAAAACAGUGAAUUAAUGGUGAUUUGCAAAUGAUGAAAGAACGGAGAAAUAUGGAUAUGAUGGUGCCCUGGAUAAUUAUUAUGUUGUGCACAAUUGGUUGCUUUGCGCACGGAUUAGUAGAAAUUCAAUCGGAUAAGGAAAAACCAGUAAAGACUGUUGAUGUGCAGGGCGUGGAAGGGAAUCGUGUAUCCUUGCCAUGUCCUCUGGCGGGAGCUUCGAGGGACAAAGUUUACAUGGUGCUAUGGUUCAGAGACGACGUUGGAAUUCCACUAUACAGCUUUGAUGUGAGAGGUGUGUCCCUUUCGAAGGGUCGACAUUGGUCAUCUCCCGCAAUAUUUGGACCUCGUGCGAAAUUCAAUGCGAAUUCCGAUCCAGCUACAUUGGAUAUUGAUGACAUCAAACGUCACGAUCAGGGUGUUUACCGGUGUCGAGUAGAUUUCCGCAGCAGUCAAACGCAGAGCUUCCGCUACAACCUCAGUAUAAUCAUCUUGCCAGAGCGCCCGGUGAUUCUCAAUCGAUGGGGUUUGCAGCUCAAUGGCACAACAUUGGGCCCACUUGAGGAGAGAGACGACAUCAUUUUAGUGUGCCGAGUUGUGGGUGGACGCCCCCAGCCGGCAGUACGGUGGCUCGUCAACGGAAUCCUCACGGAUGAUCAAUACGAACAGAAUAGCGGUGAUGUCAUUGAGAAUCGCCUACUUUGGCCUGGAGUCCAGAGAACUGAUCUCAAUUCAGUCUUCACAUGCCAAGCCAUCAAUACGAAGCUUGUUGAGGCAAAGGAAAGGAGCUUUGUGCUGGAUUUGCUGUUAAAACCACUGUCUGUGAAAAUCAUAGAGCCAGCGAGUUCAUUAGUUGCCGAUCGACGGUAUGAGGUGCUUUGUGAGACAACAGGUUCACGCCCGAACGCCAUUAUUACAUUCUACAAAGGGAAGCGACAGCUGCGUCGGACAAAGGAUGAAACCCUAAAUAAUACAACCCGUUCGGAAUUGAGUUUCGUACCGUCUGUGGAGGAUGAUGGCAAGACGCUCACAUGUCGAGCUGAGAAUCCAAAAGUGACGGGUUUAUUUUUGGAGACAACGUGGAAACUCAACGUCGUCUAUCCUCCAAUUGUGACACUCCGCUUAGGAUCUACGUUGUCUGCUGAAGACAUCAAAGAUGGAGAGGAUGUCUACUUCGAAUGCCACGUCCAGGCAAAUCCGCAAUGGAGGAAGCUCUACUGGUUGCACGAUGGCAUCAUUCUCACUCACAAUGCAUCCGCGAGGGUGAUAAGGUCCAAUCAGAGCUUAGUGCUGCAGCGCGUGACGAGAAGCUCGAGUGGUAAUUACUCGUGUAGUGCUGUAAAUGCUGAGGGUGAGACCGUGAGCAAUCAAUUAUCGCUUCGUGUUAAAUAUGUUCCUGUCUGUGCCACGGACAAAGUCAUCAUCAUUGGGGCAUUUCGCGGUGAAGAUCUCAAUAUUGUCUGCGAAGUUGAAUCAGAUCCACCACCAAGAUCCUUCCGGUGGAAGUUCAAUAAUUCAGGGGAAACACUGGACGUUGGCAGGGAGAGGCACCAUCGGAAUGGGUCAAUGCGGAGUAUUUUGCACUAUACUCCUGUGUCUGAUCAGGAUUACGGGACGUUGUCGUGUUGGGCACAGAAUGAAGUUGGUGCACAGCAGAAUCCAUGCCUCUUCCAAAUCGUUCUAGCAGGUCUGCCAUCUGCUGUGAAAAACUGCACUGUUUCAAACCAAACAGCGCACUCUGUUGAGAUUCAGUGUAUUGCUGGUUAUGACGGAGGUCUUCCACAGGUUUUUGUUCUCGAACUUGUUUCACCGAGAACAGGAAAACUCAGGUACAACAUAACAAACACAGACGAACCAAUCUUCGUCAUCGAAUCCAUGGAGAAUCUCAUGUCCUUUGACUCCAUGGACGAUCGUUCGCUGAAGGUGAUUGUAUUUGCUGUGAAUCAGAAGGGUCGAAGCUCCGGGGUCAUCCUACGGGACUUCCCCUUUGGUGGUGAGCUGGAGAAUCGAUCCGAAGCAUCCUUUGACACGUCUUUCCAUCUGUCACCAAUUGUAUUUGGCACAAUGCUCACCCUCUUCAUUCUCUGCUGCGUCAUCCUGGGCCGCAUGUACACAUCCCGGAGAUCCCACAGCAAUGACACACUCAGCAGUUCCAAACAAUCCAGCACAUUGCUCUGCAAACAGGAUCCAUCAAAGAAAGCUGCCAAGUCGAACCUCCGGUGGCAGCACAGUGACUCCGGGGUUAAGGAGCAGGUGAUAGGUGGAGCUCCGGGGCGAGAGAGUAGUAGCCAUCCAGGUGGACUACCCACCGAGCCGUACGAUGUGGGGGACGACGAGAGGGAUCCCGAUGUCAUACCCAGUCAAUAUGUUCCAGACGAAAUGGAAAAUUGCCUGGCGACAGAAUGGAAUCAUCAAGAUUCGAUAUUUAGCGAGCAAUUCACCAAACACGACAAUCGUCCGAAGGAUCUCCUGCUGAAGCCCCUAUCUUCGGCGGACUUCCAAUUGAUUGCCCCGACAAAUAGCAAUUAUUUGCAGCAUCAACACGACAUUGUGCCAAAUGGUGAAUUGGAUAUAAAUGUGCAUGCAAUUAAAACUAUGCUGAUGGCGACACGAGUACCCGAAAGUUGUGUCUGAAAACUUUUGCGGAAUACCUCCAUUCCCUGAAUGUGGGAAAAAAAAGCUCCGCAUGGGGGAUGGAGGAAUUUUAUGCAUAUAACGAGAGAGAUAUAUAAAAACCUGAUACUCUUUGUAGUGCUGUUGCAACAAUGAAAAUUUUAUUCAUUGAGAAUGUUUUCUGGUGGAUAAAUCAAAAGAAGAAAUUUCGAAGAGAAAAAAUCGCGCAGCAACUAAAAGAGAAAAACUAAAAAUCAUAAGACAAUGAUUAUAUUAUAGAUUUUAUGGAGGAAAAAAUAGAUAAUUCUUAGGUAUUUAUAUAUACAAUUAGUUUUGUAUUAAAUGACACAACAGUGAAACAAGUGCUACAAGCACAGAAAGUGACUAUUUGUACCUUCUUUGAAAAGUGAGAGAAAGAGCUGUAAAAUAGCAUUUAAAAUGAAGAAUUGUAAAAGAUUUUAGGCGAGUUCGUAUCAAACACAUAUGUAUAAAAUCGGCUGAUGUGAGAGAGAAGAAAAUGAAAACAUAUUGCCAUGUAAAUCAUCAAAAGGCAUUAAUUAAGUGGGCUGAAAAGGGGAGAGGUGAAAAUAAGGAGCACAAGGGAAAUAUCUAGUUAAUGAUAUUAAUUGAUUGGAGUUUCUAUAUAGUGUUUUUUCCAGAUGAGAUACCACAACGCCAAAAUAAUGAAAAUUCAACGGAAAUACCGUCAAACCGGGUUAUUCAGGGCGUUUUUUAAUUAAAAUUUCAUCAAGUAAAAAUUACAUUUUGCUUUAUUUACUGAUUAGAAUGCUUUAAAAUAUUUUUUCAACAGGAAAAAUGUAAAAGAUUAAAACGAAUAAAUGACGGCUAAAAGAAGGGAAAAGCUUUAAGUGAGAAAGUUAUCCAAUUUACCCCAAAUGGUGGUUUCUUUUUAAUUUAUUUAUUUGGUUAAAUGGUUGUUUGGAAAAUUAAUAAAGAUAAUUAAAGUUAAAACACUGCCAAUCAAUACUUUAAAAAAUCAUUACGAAAUAAGUCUGCAAAGUUGGAAAGAAAAUCCUUUGAUCUUCUGAACUUUUAUUGUUGGUAUCAAAUUACGUUUUGAAAAGUUUGAAAGGAAUUGUUUUAUUAAUUUAAAAUAGAAAAGUUAUUAGGUUUUUUUUUUAAUAAAAGGAUUUUUUUAGAUUAUCAUAGAUUUUUAUUGUAGGAAAUUACCUUUAAAAGAAAAAAACUGUGUUCAAACUUAAUUUAUUUAAAAGAAAAAUCUAUUUUUAUUACGUUUGAAAAGAAGACCAGUUCAGUCAAAUCCAGCCAAAAAAAAAUAUUUUUAAGAAAAACAAUUUUUAAAUUUUCCCUGCUUUUCCGGUCGUUGCCAGGGAAGAAAAUUUCGUCCAAAAGAAAGACGUACUUUCCAAAGCUUUCAUCCCUUAUCCGGGCCUUCCUCAGCGGCUGGAAGUUUAUUUUUAAACAAUUUUUAAACUUUUAAAAUUUUAAGAUACCUACUUAAACAAAUUUUCCAAACAACCCAAAAAAACAAAUAAAAACAUUAUUUGUCAAAAAAACAUUCUUUUCAAAGUAAAAAAAAAAAUAUCACAUUGUAAAAAAAAAACAUAUCUUUUUAAAAUAUCACGCGCAAAAUUUAAUUUAAAAAAAUUUAUCAUCUCGAAAAAGAUGUUGUGAUAGCUUUAUUAUAAUUAAGAAAAACAACAGAUAUUUUAACCCGAAUGCUUCCUUGUCUAGGUAUUUGAUCCUUUGAAUCCAAAAUUUAAAAAAAAAUGAAAAGAAUGAAAAACUGUAUAAAGGAAUUCUUAUAAAACAAAUAGAUUAUAAAAAAAAGAAUUAAAUUUCUGUAACCACGAUUAAAAAGGAGGAAAAAAUCAAA